CUGACUCAACUGCUCUGGCAUCUCUGUGACUGCAGGUGUUAAUUUGGGGGCCUCUGGGCCCUGAGCUUAUUGGGUGCCACGAAAGAAACAUGAGAAUCCGGAGCUCCCUCCUCCUCGCAGUACUCCUGGCUUUGGAGACUCAGCUGCCUGUUGCCUUGUGUAGAAAGAAGGGAGACAAAUUGGGGGGCUGCCCACCAGAUGAUGGGCCCUGCAGCCAGGUGAUUCCUGAUCAGUGCGCGAAUGACAAACAGUGUCCCUCUUCUUGGAAGUGUUGCUCCCGAGCCUGCUUCCUCCAGUGUAUGCCUAGAGUCUUUGUAAAGCUGGGCAAAUGCCCUGUGGAUCAACUUCAUUGCCUCAGUCCUAGAAAGCACUUGUGUGACAAAGACUUGGACUGCUCCGGCAAGAAGCGGUGCUGUGUUAGCGCCUGUGGCCGGGACUGCCGAGACCCCAGCAAAGGCUAAUUCUGGCUUAGGAUCUGUGACUCUGCAUCCAGGUGUGGUUCCCACCAGGAAGAGAUCACGAUGUGGGGGCCAGGGAUCCUGCAACCCAGAUCAUCUCUCCAGAGACAGUUGUAGCCUUCUGACAAACACUGGUCCGUUGUCACCUCCCUUA